AUGUUUCAAGAAGUCGUGGAGAAGGUGAAAGAAGAUGCAAUUAGUGCGUUGCCUGAUUGCUUGCUUCAGGAAAUCCUUUCUCAUUUUCCCUCCACAAAAGACGCCAUUAAAACAGGUAUACUCUCCAAGCGUUGGAAGCAUCUUUGGACCUCCAUACCUACUCUCAUUUUUUCACAUUCAGAUUAUUAUCACUUAACGCCGUAUUUCCAUUUAUUGGUGGACAAAACCCUAACUCAAUGUCACCAAUUGAAGCUCAAGAAAUUGGAAGUGCAUACCAUUUAUGAUAUUCAGUUUGAAUCUGUUUACAACAAUUGGAUCCGUUAUGCUAUAAGAUGUAACGUUGAAGAGCUUAACUUGGGGUUUCAUGGAUGGGAGCUUAAGUUUCUGUUAGAUCAAUCUUUUUUUUUUCCCAUCAGUUCAUGUUUUACUGAUCUGAGAUUAUCAUGUUUUAUGUUGAAUCCAACUGGUGCUAUUAGUUGGAAAAAUCUUCGGAGUUUGUAUAUUAACAAUGUCAAUUUAGAUGAAGGCCUAUUCCUAAAUAUAAUAUCAGGGAGUCCUCUAUUGGAAACUUUGGUGUUCAAAAAAUGUCAUGGUUAUACUUCAAAUGAGAUCAAUGCUCCUAAUAUUUCAUCAGUAACUCAAUUUCCCCAAUUGAAACUCAAGAAAUUCAAAGUGUGUAGCUGUUUUGACAUUCAAUUUCAGUCGCAACUUAAAAGUUGGAUUCCUUAUGCUAUAAGAUGCAACGUUGAAGUGCUUAAGUUGGAUUUGUGGAAAACUGAAUGGGGAGAUGAUUUUAUGUUAGAUCAAAUUCUUUUCACUAGAUCAUGUUUAACUGAUUUGAAAUUAGUUGGUGCAUGA